AUGACACUCCAGCUAGCAGAUCAUUCCAUCACAAGACCAUUCGGGGUAGUUGAAGAUGUCCUGGUCAAAAUCCACCAACUCACUUUUCCAGUAGACUUUGUAAUCAUGGAAAUUGAAGAUGUUAAGAUCCCAUUGAUUGUAGGUCGUCCAUUCAUGCUGACUGCAAAGUGUGUUGCAGACAUGGAUGAAACCAAGCUAGUUGUGAAUCCUGUAGAAUCUUCUAGUGUCUUCAUGGGGCCAAAACAGGUCAAGACCCGAGCCAUUCCAGACAUUCCAGCAGCUCCUCCACCAGCGGUCCCUCCUCUAGACAUCUCUCCUCCAUCUACCAGCCAGACCUUUAUGCCUUUUUCUCUGUCGGAGAAACUCCUCCCUAUGUUGCAUAACCUCUACCAUGGCCAGUACCUACAGAUGCAGAGCCUCCACCAUCUCUCCCUCCAGUAG